GUUUUCUUCAUGGCCGGUGGGAGGCGCUGUUGUUGAAGAAGAAGACCAUCACUAUUUGGUUGCGGGUAAUAAAUAUAUGUAUAUGGUCUUAUAUAUUUACAUAUAUACAUUUUUUUAAAUGUUCUAUAUUAAUGAAAGCCAGACUAAUGUCGUGAUAGAUUUGCCUCGCCGUUCGCUUUAAAGCGUAAAUUCGUGCACGCUUGAGUCUGAUCAACUUGGGGUUUUUUCGCAGUUCUGCCGAUUUGCGCUUCGGCUUUUUUCGGCUGCUUUACAAACUAGCACUUAAACUUGAGGAAUAGCUUCGUGGCUAGCUCACUAGCCCUCUCUUCUGCUCGCAAGCUUUUUAUACUUAGGAAAUUCGGAUUUAAAAAGACAUUAAUACGUAACGUAAUGUGAAGAGCUUAGUGAAAGUUUCGCUAAGUGUCAAAACUACUUGUGACUCGCUUAUACGAGCGGCCGUUAAACCUGUCGGAGCUCAACUUACUUCAGCAAUAGACAGUUAGUGGAGUUUGUUAAACCGUGUCCUAUGAUCAAACCUAACAACUUCUAACAGAAUGCGACUCAUUAGGGACCACUUGAAAUAAUCCCCGCUCAGUUAUCAGGCGGCUUUAAAUUGGACCGAGCACUUUUGGCGUGCGGCCUGCUGGUCAGGCUUUCGCCGCGUUAAAUUGAAAGCACACGCCGCUGUGCAGCGCGCUCAGUCCGGCUUCCUGCUUCAAACAUACUCCGGUCUACCAACGAGCCAUGGAGAGAAUGGAAGUGGACCAGUGCGCAGGCGCAGCUGGAGGGAACGGUGGUGGGGCUUUACGGAGGUCCAACAGCGCCCCUAUGAUCACGAAUGUAAGUGACGGAAUGACAGUGUUCAGCUCAAACACUUCGGCCCGGUAUCGUCGGAGCAGUGUGUCCGUAAACCCAAGCUGCCCCUCUAGAAACCUGCCUUUUUCUCCGUUCUCCUUGUGCAGCGAGAGACCAGAUCACAGACGGCAGAUGGAGAAUAUGGAACUCACUCUUAGAGGGAGUUUACAGAGACUAAGUGCCUCAGCUACAAUCCCCUCACCUCCUGGAACUCAUUGGCAUGGACAUCUAUCACCAGAUUUCCAUUCCCAAGACUCUGGAGUCACUCCAAAUUCUUCCCCCAGUCCAACAAGAAGGUUCAGGGGGGGGUCAGUGAGUUCAUCUGUGAGAUGGCCAGUGGUUGCACCUUUAAAAAGGAAAGGUGGAGUAGAAUCCGAUGGUCCGCCUAAAAAGCUCUUUGUUGCUGGCGUUACAGGUCCUGCCCACAUAACUAAUUGUACUGUCAGUGUUUCCCAGUCAGUGGACUCUCCCCCAAGCGCUGUACCUAUAUGCUCAAGCCCUCAGAACAUAGCUCUCUCGCUUUCUCCUCCCUCACCGUUUACAUCCCAACACCCCGGCAUAUAAACCACAGUAAGGACAUUUCUGCCUUUGCACUCACCACUUCCUGGGCUCUGUUCAGAAGCAUCAGAUUUCCAUCCUACUACCUGGUGCUUUAAGGAAUGUAUUCACUUUCACAUUAUUUGCUGAAAAAAAUCGUUCUGAGGGAACCAUUGAUAAAGGUUUUGUCAUAUGAGUGAAGAUGGAAAAUGACUAAAUCCCUGGAAUGGUGCAGUACAGCCCAGUAUCGUCUGAUUUAUAAGUAGUUCAGUUGCACCAGGGCAAAGGUUUUCUCUCAUUUACACUCAGCAAUCAUGAUCAUGAUAGUGAUAGUGUUUUUUCCCCCUGGCUUUAGUUUUCAGCAGGUUUAGAACAGGUAUAUCUCAUCUCAUCCACAACAUUCGAGGUCUUCCAAUAAGUAUUUUUUUUAAAUCAUAAUCAGCAGUCUCUCAUUAGAUUAGUAGACUGUUUAGACCACAAUUGUGUUCCUGUAUCAUAUGUUUUACAUCUUAGUUUUAAAGGGUCAUUUAUGUUCAUUUUAAUUUUUCAUUAAAAAACAAGCAUUAGAAUCGCAGAAUGCCAGUGUGGUCUAAAGCCUUUCCUUCACAUUGGUUUGUUGUUAAUAUGGAAGAAAAAAAAAAAUCUGCAUUUUUUUCCUCCAUAUAUUCCUUUUGAUGAAGCACACCUAGGAUAAUUUGCACCAUAUAACAGGCACAUGUUUUUACUAGCAAAAAAUGUUGCCAUAUUUAUUUUCAGGCAGCAUUUAUUUUGCAAAAGCACCCACGUGACCCUGACGAACACAAAUGAAGCUACACAAGCUGACUGACUAAUGUAUUACAUGUCUAAAAAAAGACAUGGUUAAAUUUGCUAGAUAAUCUUUUAUUUUUCCUUUUGCGCAGUGUUAGACGUUAUUAUGCAAGUCUAAAUUGCAUUACAUAAGUGGGAACAUAUUUCAAUGUUUUUUGAAAGAGUUAUUGUAUUUAAAAAAAAAACAACAACUGACAAACAGAUGUACAGUAUUGCUGAUUACAGACUUUUGUUUUUUUGCUCACAAAUGCGUAAAUGCUUCCAAAGCAGUCUUUAAGCAGCAGGAGGAAGACUGAUGUGCAUCAUGCACAUCAUAUGUACACUGACUAGAAAAACAUCAGCAAUUGACCAUGUUACAUUUCAGCCUAGCAUCUCAGCAAAUCUGAACUUAAUAUUUCAACUUCAGCAUUUAGUUCACUUUGCAAAGAUAAGAAGGAACUUUCUUGAAAGAUUAUUUUAAAUGCCUUUUCCUGUUGUUGUUGUUUUGUUUUUUUUUGCUUUUUGUUUUAGCUUUAUUGCUGGUACAAUGAAAUGCCUUGUAAAGUAAUUCCAAAGACAUUUGCACAUAUUGUCAAAGUCUCCAGUUGUACAUGUUUAAAUUAAUACCAAUGGAUCUGAAUUUGAGUUUUGAAAAAGAUUGUGCAAUAUAGAUAUAAGUACGUCAUGGAAUAGGAAAAAGACUCAAUCAUUUUUCCCUGCAUUCUGUGGCUUUUUCUUUCCUUUUCUUUCUUCUUUAUAAAAUGAACAUAUUGAUCAUUUAAAUGUAAAUGUUUUAUUUAUGUAAAAGUCAGAAAUGGUCAGAAUUGUUUAGAAAGCAUUUUUCAGCAACUUGGACGUAAUUGUUUUUAGGUUUGUACAUUUUUGUUGUUUAUUUCUCUCACUUAUAUGGGAGUCUCUGCGUCUUAUAUGUCUUCUUUUAAAAAAGGAUGAAGGAUGAGUGUUAAUCAGUGACUGUUACAAAGCUGGAAUAUGAGGCUGGGAAUUGGGUUAAUUUUUGUAAGCACAUGGAGCAAUCUAUAAAAUGACAAACACACACACACACACACACAACUCUUGCCUCUUGUGUUUGAGAUGUAAAUAUGUUGUAGCCACAAAACAAACUGAAGAGGAAGAUGUAUUUUUAUGAACUGUAAUAUAAAGCAAUGAGGCAUAUAAAAAUAUAUUCAUUCCCUUGGAGCAUAAUUCUGUACCUGGUAAUGUCUCAUUUCUAGUAGAUACAAAAUGUUCACCUUAGACUUUGUAUUUUUUUCAUUGUAUAUAUCGUUCAGGAAAAUAAAAGAUACUGUAUUUAACAUUU